AUUCAAAUCAGUUCUCUCACAACCAUCGAGACAUCAACAUGAACGGAGUUAAGUCGUUGUUUAUUUUGGGCCUGGUCCUCCUCAGCUUGGCAGCCUUUGUUUCAGCUGAUGAUGCACCCGUUGUCGGCGGUAAAAAAGUGUUGGAGGGAGACGAGAGGAAGGAGGCUAUUGACCGCCUGGAUGCCGCCCUUGCCACUUUGGCCACUGGAGAUGGUCCAAGCUACAAGGCCAUCAAUGUGAAAUCUGUUACUGGUCAGGUGGUGUCUGGAUCCCUCAAUGUCUACGAGGUGGAGCUGAAGAAUGGCGAUGACAAGAAGGACUGUACCGUAGAGAUCUGGUCGCAGCCUUGGCUGAAGGAGAACGGCACCAACAUCAAGAUCAAGUGUGGUGACGAAGGUGAAAUCAACCGUACCUGGUAAAUAACUAAAAAAUGUAAAAAAUGUGUCUUCAAUUAAUGUGAAAACAUGUCCUCCCAUUGACAAUUUUAAUAAAAAACAGAGCUUUCAAAAAAUACA